AAGAAACAGCAAAACAAAAUGUCAGAAACAUCAUCCAGUCGCGGGACCGUGUGAAAUUUUGUGUGGAAUCUGGCUGUUUAAAUUCGUUAAUUUUGUUUUCAUUCAUGGCUUAUGGCUACCAAAAAUAAUGACCUUCGGGUUGUAGAAAGUGGUUAGUCCAAUCUGUUAUCUAGAUUUGCAACGAAAUCAAAAGAAACACAAAUUCGGUCGCAAAACAUGGGAAACGAAGAAGAACCAGGAAGCAGUCCGGACAAUACUGCGGACAUUGAGAAUAUUUUGAGCAUAGGAAACCUAUCUAUCGAUAACGGAACACAAUUUAGUAAAAAGACCAGCAACAGCAAACGAACGAGGCCAAUGGUUUAUUCCACGGAGCUAACGGAUUGCUUGGGGCUGGAUUGCGAGUUCGUAGGCACAGGGAAAGGCGGAAAAGAGCACAUGCUGGCCAGGGUAUCGAUUGUGAACGAGAGAUUAGAAGUGGUUCUGGAUAGCUACGUGAAACCACAGAAAGCUGUGAUAGACUAUCGGACAGAGAUCAGCGGAAUCCGACCGGAACUGAUGGACUCUGGUCAAGACUUUAGCUCGGUUAGGGAAACAGUCAAGCUUAUGAUCCAUGGACGAAUACUCGUUGGCCAUGCACUCAAAAACGAUAUGCUGGUGUUGAAUUUGCGACAUCCACGACAUAUGGUCAGAGACACCUCUCGAUUCAAUCCGAUUGCCCGAAGGAUACGAGCCCUGGGCACUCCAAGUUUGAAGAAUUUGGCAAAGUUAAUACUAGGGGAGGAAAUUCAAAACGGCAUACACGACUCGGUUCAGGAUGCCACUGCCACGAUGAAGAUCUAUCUAAUUUUUCAAGAAGAAUGGGAAAAAUCUUUAAGGAAAACGAAACGCAUUCGCAGAUGACAGAAGAAAAGGGGACGGAAGUAAAAAAGCUAAAUGGUAAUUUUUAAGUUUGUGGAAUUAAUGGAUUUCGAAUGUAAAUUGACCGUUUGUAUGAUAGAACUAUUUUCAAACUAGACAUAAAUAUAAAUUAUCUACACUGACAAAA